AGGGUCAUCGCGAUGGCCUCCAUGGGGCUGCAGGUGCUGGGCAUUGCCCUCUCUGUCAUCGGCUGGUUGGCCUCCAUCCUCUGCUGCGCGUUGCCCAUGUGGCGGGAGACGGCCUUCGUCGGCAACAACAUCGUGGUGGCCCAGAUCAUCUGGGAAGGGCUGUGGAUGAACUGCGUGGUGCAGAGCACGGGGCAGAUGCAGUGCAAGGUCUACGACUCCCUGCUGGCCCUGCCGCAGGACCUGCAAGCCGCCCGCGCCAUGGUGGUGGUGGCCAUCGUCUUGGCCAUCCUGGGCACCCUGCUCGCCGUCGCCGGCGGCAAGUGCACCAACUGCGUGGAGGACGACACCGCCAAAGCCAAGGUCAUGAUCCUCUCCGGCGUCAUCUUCAUUGUCGCCGGCGUCCUCAUCCUCAUCCCCAUCUCCUGGUCAGCCAACACCGUCAUCCGGGACUUCUACAACCCGAUGGUCACUGACUCCCAGAAGCGGGACCUGGGGUCGUCCCUCUACGUGGGCUGGGCAGCCUCCGCGCUCCUGCUGCUGGGGGGGGGGAUCCUCUGCUGCACCUGCCCCCCCCGGGGCGAGAAGCCCUACUCCGCCAAGUUCACGGCCGCUCGCUCGCUGCCAGCCAGCAACUACGUCUAG